AAAUUAUUUGGAUUAAUCCAGAAUGGUGAACCUUCCAAAAAUUUGCCAAGAAUCUUGAGUUUGAAAUUUGACAUUAGAAUACUUGCAGCAUUGUGUGUGGCCAUUGUACAUAAUGUAUGUGUAAGAACUUAUAGUGAAUGUGUAGAUACUCAACUUGAUAUUGUGUGUAAGCACAUCGUUUGCCCCAAAAUGUUUGCCAAAUUCACUGCUUGA